GGAAAACCUCUGUCUGAACAAGAGGUUUUUACCUGUUAACAUCAUCUUCGCCGGUGGUGUCCGUCCUGACUCCUCCUGGAGAUCGAAAACCCCGAGAUUCCGACAACUCCGCAACUUUGUUCUUCGAUCUCUACGUCGUGAUUAUCUUAUGCGGAGCUUCUUCAAUGGCGUCUGGUUCGUUUGGACUCUCCUUGAAAGCCCUAGUCCUCUGCCGUCCUUGUUUUGUCUCCGCUAGAGAGCUCCCUUUCUCUCUCAGGGCACAUACGGUUGGUCAUUGCGGCUGCGUUGGAGCAGUUGCGUCACCCAGUAAGACGGUGAAACCACGCAAGGAACAAAACCAUGGUAAAAGCAGGGAGAAGUCAUCGCCAUGGAAGAAGUUAGAUGCUAAUGGACUGGGCAUUCGAAAGUCCAUGAUUCCAGAAUCGGCACGGAUGGUUCUCAAUAAGCUGAAAAAGAAAGGGUUUCAAGUUUACCUUGUUGGAGGUUGUGUAAGGGAUCUUAUAUUGGAUAGAAUCCCCAAAGACUUCGACAUUAUCACUACGGCUGAGCUUAAGCAGGUUCGAAAAGUAUUUCCCAGCUGUCUUAUUGUUGGGAAGCGUUUUCCCAUAUGCCAUGUUCAUGUUGAUGACACUAUUGUAGAGGUUUCAAGUUUUAGCACAUCGGCAAAGUCUAGUAAGGGGUUCAAAAAUUGCCUGAAACGGCCUCCAGGCUGCAAUGAGAUUGAUUAUGCUCGAUGGAGAAAUUGCAUACAGCGUGACUUCACAAUCAAUGGGUUGAUGUUUGAUCCAUCGGAGAAUGUUGUGUAUGAUUACAUAGGAGGAGUGGAAGACAUAAGAAACUCCCAAGUUAAGACAGUAUGCCCUGCAAGGCUUUCAUUUGUCGAGGAUUCAGCUCGCAUUUUACGUGCAAUUAGGAUUGCUGCUCGGCUAGGAUUCGGCUUCACUAAAGAUGUUGCUGUUUCCUUGAAGGAGCUUUCUUCUUCAUUACUGAGACUCGACAAGACGAGGGUACUCAUGGAGAUGAAUUAUAUGAUGGCAUAUGGCUCGGCAGAAGCUUCUUUAAGGUUGCUAUGGAGAUUUGGGCUUCUUGAAGUUCUUCUACCUAUCCAAGCGUCUUACUUUGUUUCCCAAGGAUUCAGGAGGCGCGAUGGAAGAUCCAACAUGCUUCUGUCGCUGUUUCGCAACCUUGACAGACUUGUAGCUCCUGAUCGGCCAUGUCCAACUCUUCUAUGGAUCGGGAUCCUGGCAUUUCAUAAAGCUCUGGUCGAUCAGCCUCGGGAUCCGAUUGUAGUAGCCGCCUUCUGCCUCACUCUCUUCAACGAAGGAUCCUUGUCAGAGUCUAUCGACGUGACAAAGAGCAUCACUCAAAAACAUAACUCCGAGUUCCGUGAACUGUCCGCCAGAAGAACAGAUUCCGAUUCAGACGCCAGAUUGUCAAAGCAAGUCGUGGAAUUUGCGGAAUCGGUAAGAUCAGCGGUACGCAAGAUGAAGGAUCGAGAUUAUAUAUCCAGAGCCAUGAGAGAAUACCCACAAGCACCCGAAUCCGAUCUGGUGCUGAUGUCGGAGGCAUUGUCGGAGAGAGUGAUGAGGAUAUUCGCGUGCGUAAGAAGGGGAAACCAGGAGAGAUGCUGUAAGAAGAGGAGGGAAGGAAGGAUUGACUACAAGUCUCUGGCUUUAGGAGAUUUGCAGGAGACGAGACGUGUUCUCGCUCGGAUUGCUUUCGACACUGUUUACCCUCCGCCGCCAUAGCCUCUGAUAGUCAUAACCUCAUUGGUUCCGAAUUAGAGUCAAUCUAUAAAUCAAAUAAAAUCGAAUUACAAAUUUGAUUUAAUUUUUGUAUUAAUAUUUCCAAUCUGAUUAAACCGAAUAUCUCAUCUUUUUAUCAUUCAAAUGCUCAUUUUUCUGCUUC